CCAGACAGAGGACACAGUCAAACAUGGCUUAUCUGAGAUCUAUCCUGCGUUCAGGGAAGAAUGCCGUUCCAGCGGUUUUGCGGCGGGAGUUUCACAGGACGCUGCCGGCUGCGGUGCAGCAGGUAACAGUCCGAGAUGCCAUCAAGGAGGCCCUGGAUGAGGAGCUGGAGAGGGAUGAAAGGGUUUUCCUCCUCGGAGAGGAAGUCGCACUGUUUGAAGGUGCAUAUAAGGUCACCAGAGGCCUUUGGAAGAAGUACGGAGACAAACGCAUCAUUGACACACCAAUUACAGAGAUUGGCUUCACUGGCAUCGCUGUUGGUGCUGCCAUGGCUGGUUUGAGGCCCGUUGUUGAGUACAUGUCCUUCAACUUCUCCAUGCAAUCAGUCGAUCAUAUCAUCAAUUCUGCCGCCAAGACCUACUACAUGUCUGGCGGCCUGCAGCCCGUCUCGAUUGUGUUCCGCGGGCCCAAUGGAGCUGCGCCCGGUGUGGCGGCUCAGCACGCCCAGUGCUUUGCAGCCUGGUAUGGACACGUUCCCGGUCUGAAGGUGGUCAGUCCCUGGAGCGCCGAGGAUGCCAAGGGCCUUCUGAAAUCAGCUAUCCGUGACGACAACCCUGUGGUGUUUUUGGAGAAUGAGAUAAUGUACAGUGUGCCGUUUGAGAUGUCUGAAGAGUCUCAGUCAAAAGACUUCCUCAUCCCAAUCGGAAAAGCUAAGAUUGAAAGAAAAGGAAAUCACGUCACGCUGGUGUCUCAUUCCCACGUGGUCAGUCGGUGUAUGGAUGCUGCUGCGGUCUUGGCCAAGGACGGGAUCGAAUGUGAGGUGAUCAACCUGCGCACAAUCCGGCCUAUGGACAUGGAAGCCAUUGAAACAAGCGUAAUGAAAACAAAACAUCUCAUCACUGUGGAGGGCGGCUGGCCUCAGUUUGGAGUCGGGGGAGAGAUUCUUGCCCGAAUUAUGGAGGGUAUUUUUCUUUUUAUAUUUUUGAAAUGUCUUUUUUUGUUAUUUAUUUAUCAAUCAAUAUAACAAAAAUGCUAUUUG